CUCAAAUUGAGUUUUCCUUCUGCAUGCACUGCAAAAGACGUAUAAUGUAUAAAUAAUAUGGGUACGUACAUCGACAGAAGAAAUAGUGUCGCAGGAUUACCCGAAGUAGCUAGCCUUCUCCCGGUCCGGUGUCUCUUCAUGCCCCCGGCGCCCCACUAGGUCGCUGGUCCAGACUCCAGAGGGCCUGGAUCUCGCAGACCAACCUCGAAUCCUCGAACCGUCGCUGAUCGCUGAUCGCUGAUCGCUGAUCGCUUUUCUCACAAACUCUAACGGGAGGCUAUCCUACCUAGGCGAGCUAGGUACGAAAGCCCACCGCCUUCAGCGCCGCCGAGUCGCUGUCCAGUUUCUUCAACUGCUCGUCCGCUCUUGUCAACAUUGCCUGGUAUGUGAUCGCUGGCUGUCGCAAACGUCCAAACGAAGGCAUUAGCGGAUUAGAGCACGCAGAAUCGCUGAGUUGUUGUCGCUGCCGGGGUCGUUAAGUCAAGUGAAGUCGAAUCAAAUCGCACCUGGUUCUGGUUCUGGACGUGGAGAUAUGACGCAGUGACUUACUUGGCUGACAAACUCACGACUACGAGUACUGGACCCGAUACCUUUCUGUGCUUCUACCAGCUCGAAGUUCAUGCUUCAUGAGCAUGUCGACUCUCGAUACUUUCCACGAUGUCUCCCAUAUGCCGGCUGGGAAUCAUCAACCCCUCCUCGACCAUGCCCUUCCGAGAAACGACGAUGAGUACGAGCGGCCCAUGUCGCCCCUCCACAUGCCCCCAGGUCAGAUCGAUGGACUGGAAUCAUUACAAGCGGACAACUACCGCAAGAGUAGGGGCCAAUCGCCGACUCGAAGGAAUUCCAGUGAUAGUCUCCUCCAUCUCGACAUACCUCGAAUUCCCUUGGCCGCCGAUUUAGCAAUGUCAGCGUUACAAUAUCUCCCAUAUCCGGUCAUGAUUCUAAACAGCAUGAAGACUUUGGUGAUGGCAAACGAUGCUAUGGGAAGACUACUUGGAAUAGAAGACCAGGAUGGGGAUGUUGUGAGUGAUGAUGGGACCUCUGUAUCCGAUAAAUUGAGGGGGCAGACUCUGAAUCAACUCGGUAUUGAUAUGCUUCAAGAGGGACGACCUAUCUGGGUAACAUGGGAUACUUUUCUGGACGGUAUUGCCAACGAUUUAGGUCAGAGUUUGGUGGAACAACUAGAUGGUUCUCGAUCCGAAUCUGGCGAAGGGGAUAUGACCCCAACAGCAGAGAGAGCAGAGCCUCUGACCGGAUCAUCCAGUUCGCAAAAGGACCGCCCGAUGGUUCACGAUGCCGUGGUUGAGGUGAUAAUUGCCCAGGAGAAGGUUACUCAGUCGGCUUUUGUAACUCACCAUGCCAAAGGAGUGAAGCAUACGUUGGCUAAAAUGAUCAUUACUGUAUGGGACAUCGAGGACGAGAGUUUCUAUACUCUGACAUUCACAAAUACCGAGGCGAAGCAGACAUCAUUGCCAAAAUCCAGACAACCGAGGCAAGCAAUGAGGGCAGCCAAACAUCGCUCAUUUGGUUCAGUGGGAUCAGGAUCACAUUCUAGUCCAUCUUCUGGUGGGUCAGGAAAAUCUUCUCAAGGAGGGAGCAGCUCUUCGUCAUCUGCAAUAACCAGUCCAACAAACGCUUCAAUGUCGACGAGUCCCUUUCCACCUUUGGGUCCACCAUCACAAUCGAGUCUCUCGAGUGCCCCGUCAACACUUCAAAAAAUAAUACUAAUGAAAGAUGCACUCAUGGACACAACAUCCGUGCCGAUUCUGGCUAUGUGGAGAGAUGAGAGUCUAACUAUCCCGAACAAAGCUGCCAGAAGGCUGUUCCAUCCUACAGCGGAUCUCUCGAACGUCAAGGAUGGCUUCGAUUUGGUGACAAAGUGGCAUGUAUGGGACGAGACUUUCACCACGCGACUGGAUCCGUCAGAAUAUCCUAUCUCGGUCCUUAUUAAAACUCAAACACCGUUCUCUAGCCGUAAAAUCGGGCUUUUUGACCCCGAAACGAAUCGCAAGCUAGUCUUCGACUGUCUGGGCGAGGCGAUUCGGGAUGAGGACGGAAAUUUUCUGGCAGGAGUCGUUACAUGCAGAGAUAUCACUACGAUGACCGAGGUGAUCACCGAGAUCAAGGCAAAAGACGAACAACGGUUUCAACUUAUUUGUGAGAGCAUGCCCCAAAUGAUUUGGACCACGACUCCAGAGGGAUUGCAUGAUUGGUUCAGUCCUAGAUGGUACGAGUACACCGGACUAACAGAAGACGAAUCUCUCGGUAUGGGCUGGAGACUUCCUUUCCAUCCAGAUGAUAUGGUGAGUACCGGGAAGAAAUGGGAGCAUUCUCUCAACACGGGAGAUCCAUACAGUACCGAGUAUCGCUGCAGAAACAAAGAUGGCGAGUGGAGAUGGAUGUUGGGGCGCGCAUUACCCAUGAGGAAUCUGCAGACAGGUGCUAUUGAGAAGUGGUAUGGGACAUGUACAGAUAUCCAUGAGUCGGUUGAGACAAGAUUCGCUGCAAAGAGACUGCGGCAACAACUUUUGUCUGUCAUCACGCAUGCUCAAGUUACACUCUUCGCUGUUGACCGGAAUCGAAUGAUUACGCUUCUGGAGGGAGCCUUCAUUUGGGAUCUUGAGAAAGAUAUUGAAUCCGGUGACGAGAGCGUCAGUAGCAAGCCCACUCCCGGAGACCAUUUCGUUGGCAAAUCCGUGUAUGAGGUUCUUAGCCAGAGCAAAUCGCCACGGGACAAAGACGGCAUCCCGACCUCCUUGAAACCGAUCGAGGAUAUUCUAACUGGAAAAUCCAUGGAGGAAGUUCAGGAACAUUGCAUCGAUGAUAGGUGGUAUAGUACGAAGUUUGUUCCUGUCCUCGGAAAGAAAGAUAACGGUGGCCGUGUGAACGAAGCAUGGAUCGACGGCGUGAUUGGGGUCAGUAUGGAUAUUACUGAGAUCAAAGACCGCGAAUUAGAACUGCAAGCACAAGAGAAAGAGAAUACCAGACUCUUGGCCAACGAAGCAGCAGCUAAAGAAGCCAGUCGACUGAAGAGUCAAUUUUUGGCGAACAUGUCACACGAAAUUCGCACCCCGAUCGCAGGCGUCAUUGGAAUGGCAGAGCUCCUUACGGACACGGAUCUCGAUGAAGAGCAACGAGACUGUGCCGAGAAUAUCCAGCGUUCUGCCAAUGGCCUACUAACGGUUAUUAACGACAUUCUCGACUUCUCCAAAGUCGAAUCUGGCCGUUUAGAUAUCGAGGAAGUCCAGUUCUCCCUGUCCGUCGUAGUGAGAGAUGUCAGCAAGAUGCUUGGCUUCGCGGCUGAGAGGAAGAACCUCAUGUUCAAAUCAGAUAUUGCUGUAGGUAUGGACAAGGAUCUAAUUGUCAUGGGCGACCCAGGACGCGUCCGCCAGAUCAUCACGAAUUUACUUACCAAUAGCAUCAAGUUCACAAGCGAGGGGUAUGUAAAGUUCUCAGUCUUGAAGCAGCGGGAAACAGCCGAUGUUUUCGAGGUGAAAUUCGUGGUUGAGGAUACGGGCAUCGGCAUCGAGGAAGAAGUCAGACAACGCCUCUUCAAGCCUUUCAGUCAGGCAGAUUCUUCGACAGCGCGACGAUUUGGUGGAACUGGUCUUGGAUUGACAAUUAGCAAGAAUCUUGUGGAUCUUAUGCAUGGGCAGAUCCGUCUGGAAUCGACUCUCGGCGCUGGAACUACUGCAACCUUCACGAUUCCUUUCAACAAGCCUCAGUAUCACAACGGAACUACUGCACUUAUCGAUAUUGGCUCACUACCCGACCGCCUUCAAUCUGAAAUGAGCGUUUCAUGCAGUAGUUCUGAUUAUGAACAAGCUGUUGGCACGCCACCGAUGCAGAGUCCCAUCAACAUGCACAGAGCUGGGCAGAAAUCCAGGUCGAUUAGCAUGGCCCCGCCAGCACCCCCCGAGCUUGAGCUGUCUCGUGAAGAGAGAGCCAAGGUCAAGAUUCUGCUUGUUGAGGAUAAUGCUAUCAACCAGCAAAUCGCCCUGAAAACAAUCAAAAAGCUGGGAUUCGAAGUUUCAGCAGUCUGGAAUGGAAAGGAAGCACUCGAUUACGUCCUUGAAGCAGACUCUCCGGAUGCACCUCACAGGGAGCCAGAUAUUAUCCUCAUGGAUGUGCAAAUGCCCAUCAUCGAUGGAUAUCGUGCUACUCAUCUUCUGCGCCACCACACCCCCUAUAAUACACUUACUCGAAAUAUCCCUAUCGUAGCCAUGACCGCCUCUGCAAUUCAAGGUGAUCGCGAAAAGUGCAAGAAAGCCGGAAUGGACGACUAUCUUGCUAAACCCGUCAAAGGAAAGACUUUAGAGAAAAUGCUAGUCCGCUGGGCAAUCAGCAGACGCGUUCCUAAUACGCCAGGUGGUAGCGAGUAUGAUAGUAGUGACUGUCCAGAAUCUGAAGAGCAUAAUUGCGGCACAUCUGCGAUGCCUAUGUUUGGGCGCGCGAAACAAAGCCCGCCUUCUUCUGCAACUGCUGAACCGCAACUGCCUGCUCUCCAGCCUCAGAGACCGAGCAUGAGCGAGCGUCAAAACUCUCAUCAACUUACCCUCCCAGGCCCUGAAUCCGAAGGCGAUCGAGCUGAGAAGCGUGAAGAAGCUGAAGAGAAAGCCACCGCUUUACGGGACGAGAAAUUAGUCAUUGCCGCUGCUGGACCUGGCGAGAUCGUCACCCUGACGCCGAAUGCGCUGGGAAGCGAUGAUGGAUCUUUCCAGGCUCUGACCGUGGAGAAUGUGGGGAAACUAGAACGUGAGGCGGGGGGAGCACAACGACCUGAGUAUAAGUCGCGGAAGGCCAGCAUGGCUGUCACGGCUAACAGCAUGGGCCGUGAAGCGGGGAGCGCAGAGAAGUCUCCUGAGAGUGAUAGGAGUAAAAUGGGCGAGAAGGAGAACAGGAGGAGUGCUAGUAAGGAGCGACCUACUCUGGGGAGAAAAUGGAGGGAUAGUGAUAGGACGGUUACGACGCUUGAUGAUGAGACAAGAAAGAAAGGAUAGAGUGGAACAGAUGAGCUGUAUGAUUGAGUUCUGGGUUGGGUGGGUGGAUGGGUGGAGUUUAGGGGCUGCUACCUUUUAAUUUGGGGAUAUCGGUCUGAUGGAUGGAUCAGAAGACUUGAGAUUUGGGUUGUACAGUUUGUCGAUUGGUAUCUUGUUUGAUUUGCUUGCAUAGCGAGCGGCAUUUGGGUUCCAGGCCUGGCAUGGUUUUCUCUUCAUGAAUAUUUUUUCGAGCAGAUGAAUGCGAGCUGGUUUGCCAACAGGGACAAGGAAGGCAAGAUGAAAAUCUUGGUAUGGAUAGAGAGAUGUAUAUACCUUAGAACGAGAGGCGACGACAUAAAGCCAGACUUUGUAAACCGUCUUCGGUAUUCGCCGUAUAAUGAUUAUCUUGAAAGGGAAUGACUACAUCUUAAUUAGAUGUACUUACAUGGUCC